CACAUGGACAAGAUCAACACUGGUCAGACACACACGCCAGACCCCAACGGGUCAGCUGGGAAAAUGAAUGACUCUACAACCCCUCAGGAGACAGGAAGUGAAGAACUGGAACAGGAAGUGACCGAACAGCCUGUUGACAUGACAGCGACAAGCUGUGAGACGGGGAAGAGCUGUCCUCAUAGGCCGGGAGACAGAGAAAAGAAGAGAAGAAAGGAAGAGAAUGUGACGAGGGAGAGCUGGGAGGGGUCUGGGAGUGAAGGAAGGAUAGACAGUGGUCAGAGGUCAGAUAUCCUGAGGAUGGUGAUGGACAGGAGGUUGAGAGGUCAGCUAACUGAAGACCAGGAGACAGGCUACCACACAGAGGAGGGUAGCAGCCCCGACCGGGACCAUGGAGGGAGCAACUACCAGACAGACCAGGGAGGGAGCGAUGGAGAGGACACAUCUGCAGACAACAGCAAGAUGGAGGAUCAGGACGACUCGUGGGACCUGAUCACCUGUUUCUGCCUGAAACCGUUCGCGGGUCGGCCCAUGAUAGAGUGUAGUGAGUGUGGCACCUGGGUGCACCUGUCCUGCGCUAAGAUCCGCCGCACCCACGUUCCUGAAGUCUUCACUUGCCAGCCCUGCCGAGAUGCCAAGACCAACAUCAGACGGUCCAACCGGGCGCGGAUCGCCUCCCGCAAACGUUUCAGUGACUAGAGAGCACCAGCUGGUUCAUUGGCUGCGUCCAAAUUGGCGGCCGGUAGCCUCGCGGUUAAGAGCAUUGGGCCAGUACCCGAAACGUUGCUGGUUCGAAUUCCCAAGGUGGAAAAAUCUGCUGUUCUGCCCUUGAGCAAGGCAGUUAAUUCCCAUCAACAACUGCUCCCCCCAGGCACCGAUGUCAUUAAGGCAGCCCCCCGCACUUCUGAUUCAGAAGGGUUGGGUUAAAUGCACAUUUCAGUUAAAUACAUUCAGUUGUGUAACUGACUAGGUACCACCCUUUCCUAUUCCCUUUAUAGUGAACUACUUUUGACCAGAGCCCUAUGUAGGGAAUAGGGUGCCAUUUGGGACAUUGACCACUAGUGAGCAUCAAGUUCUUUGCUGGUCCAUUCUGACACUCUGCACAAACCACCUCCAGCCACCAGGGUUGUGUUCAGUAAGACACACAGAACAUGUCAAUUAUUGGAACAAGUCCAGGUAGUCCUCCCUGUUUCAGUCCUUUUUCUUCCGUUUUGUGCCUAACGAACACGACCCGGGACACUGCCAUCAGCAACCAAGCCAUGAGUCUACGGUCAUGUUCCUCUGCUCAGACGUUGUAAUCAUCAACCAAUGGUUGCGUACCACAUCAACUGUGUCGUUGGGCACCAGAUUAUAACAUAUGUGGCCGGUUUCACAGACGAUGCUUAAACUUAGUCCCAGACUAAAAUGCCUGUUUGAGCUGUCUUAACUCAAAGCGACUUGCACAUACUUAUCUUAAAAUAGCCGUAUAUUUAGCCUAUAACAAAGCCGAUUGCAAGAGGGAAUAGAGCUACUCUAAGGACUAAAUGGAAGUUUAAAGGAAUCCUUCAAAGAGGCAGGUUUAACUUCUGCUUUGUACUGUUUGAGGGAGCAGGGACUAUUUGGAAUAUCUAAUGAAGACCAACCUGCACUACAGAGGCCAGCCAGACCAGUACUGGUGGAUAGGAGUAAUCCAUUCAAUUACUUAGAUGAAAUAGCUUUUUGAGACCGCUUUCGUAUGUACAAAGAAAAUGCAUUGGAGGUAAUAUCUUUGCUUGAGCCUAGACUUUCCUCUCCAUCUCAAAGAGGAAGGCCUUUACCCAAUUCUCUCCAAGUUCUGAUCACUUUGAGGUUUUUGGCAUCUGGAAGAAACUGUCAGUGAAGAAACUGUAGAAAAGUUCAAAGUCUUCACAUCAAGUUUCCUGAUUCUGCUAGCCAAGCCAACUAUAAAGAACAAUUCUAUGAAUAUGGGCACUUCCCAGGAGUGAUUGGCUGUAUAGAUGGAUGUCAUGUUCCCUUCAAGUGUCCAUCAACUCCUGAUGCUGAGGAGUACAGGAAUAGUAAGAACUGGUUUUCCAUCAAUGUUCAGGGUAAUUUAGUUUUCAAACAUUGUUGCAAGUUGGAAAAGUGCAACUCACAAUUAAGGACUUUUUCCAACUCUUCAUUGUGUGCUGUUUCAGAAAGGACGACAUAGUGGACUACUUGGUGACAGUGGAUAUGGUCCGUGUAACUCUGUAUUCACUCUAUACAUAAAUCCCACAACAGCUGAGCAGCAAAGAUACAACAGAGCUCAUAUCCGCGUGAGAGGGAUGGUCGAGCGUAUGUCUGGAGUAUGGAAAAAUAUAAUCCGGUGUUUACGCAAUACACUUUGUUUCAAGCCAAGAAGAUGCUGCAAGGUGGUCAUUGCUACAGCUGUGUUGCACAACUACCUGAAGCAGCAUUGCUGUCCUUAUCCUCCAAUGAUCAAGCAGAUGUGCCCAUGGCUGAGGCAGGCAAUGACCAAUGAGGACUUGCACACAAGAGUUGCUUUCACAUUGCAGCACUUCAACUAGAUGAGAUGCGUUUAAAUAUGGAAUGUAUUCAUUGUGGCUUAUUUUUGCUUUGAAAAUGUUUGUUCGGUACAAAAUUCAAAUAGUGUGCAGCAAAAUUAAACGAGUGACUAAACCAAGGCUGGUUUAAAAUGUAGUUUGUGGUGAUUAAAAUACAUGCACUCAUGAAUAUCCAAAUGACAAAACAUUUUUUUUUUUACAUAUCGUUCACCAUGGCUGGUAAGUCACAAUUGUCUCGUUACUGUAUCUAUUUUGAAUCAUACCUCUCUCAUCCAACUUCAUAUCCAAUUCAACCUGUAGAAUUCUCAGUUUCAUUUCAUGUUCUUCCUUCAGAUUUUUCAUUUUAUACUCAUGAAAUUCUCUGGUUAACUUUUCAUGCAUGGUCAUCUUCUUUGUUCUCUGCUGAAAGGUGGUGGCAGCAUCUUCUCUCAGGGAUGUGGAGGGUACACACUCACUGUGUACUGGCUCUUCCGACCUGUUCACAUUCCUUUCCUCUAGAAAAAUAACACUGUUUAGAAGCACAAAUAAACUCACAUGGUCUCCUUUCAUUCUAAGGACCAUGUGAGUUUAUUGACACAGACAGUGGAAUAUAUUUACCAAAGGAAGUAACCAAUUUACUUUCUUGGUAUCUACCAUUUGUGCUCAGUUUUUCAUCUGAACUGUCCAAAUGGUCAUCUGGUAUACCAUCCAGAGGUUGGUCAUCAUCUGGUAUACCAUCCAGAGGUUGGUCAUCGUCUGGUAUACCAUCCAGAGGUUGGUCAUCGUCUGGUAUACCAUCCAGAGGUU